GGGGCGUGUUUCAAAAAAAAAAAAAAUGAUCGCAUCUCCUUUGACUGAUCUAACCCAACUUGACAUACCAUGGGACUGGACCGACGAGUGUGAGGCAACAUUUAAACGGUUGAAGUAUGCUCUCACGCACCAUGAGGUUCUCAUGGUACCCAAUCUGCAAAGGCCGUUUGUAGUAACCACUGACGCAAGCCAAUACGACAUUAGCGCAGUGCUGGCUCAACAGGAAGGGAAAAAGUUGAGACCGGUCGAGUACAUGAGCAAAAAGAUGCCAUCAAAGAAGUUGGCAAAGUCCACCUACGAGAGGGAACUCUAUGCUCUCUACAAGGCACUUGCCCAUUGGAGGCACUAUCUGUUAGGAAGGUUCUUCUACUUGAGAAUUGACCAUCAGACCCUCAAGUGGAUCAAGACCCAACCAGUUCUCUCCGAUGCACUCAAACGCUGGAUUGAAGUCAUAGAUCAGUAUGACUUCAAACUAGACUACGUGAAGCGAGAGUACAACAAGGUUGCAGAUGCAUUGUCUAGAAGGCCAGAUUGCCUAGGUGCGCUGAUUUCUGAGCUUGGCUUAUCUGAGGACGUGACUCGAUCCUUGGGGGAAGCCUACAAGGAAGAUCCCGUCACGAUGCACAUCAUCAACAAACUGCAGGCCAAACAUAAGGCCACUUUCAACGAGUUUGUGAUGGUGGAUGGAUUACUCUUUCUUGAAAAGGCAGGGUUGAGAAGGUUGGUUGUUCCAUCUAGGGAGAUUUUGCGUGGUUUAUUUUUAGGUGAUUGUCACGAUGCAACGGGACAUUUCGGCUACAAAGAGACUAGUGCUAAUCUAGUACAACAAUUCUGGUGGCCUAGCAUGCUAGACGAUGCAAAAAAGUACGUAAAAACCUUUCAGGUCUGUCAGCGGGACAAGCCUCGGACUCCAGCUCCACUUGAGUUGCUCAAGCCUCUACCCAUUCCUGCUGGCCCAGGGCAGAGCGUCUCCAUGGACUUCAUGGAUACUCUCGUGACCAGCAAGAAUGGAAAACAGCACAUCUUCGUCAUAGUAGAUAGGUUCACUAAAUAUGCUAGACUAAUUGUCAUGCCGGAGACUGCCAGGACUGAGCACGUCAUUAAGUUGUUCAUGGACAACUGGGUACGUGACUUUGCACUGCCAAAGACCAUUGUUAGUGAUAGAGAUGUCUGGUUUACCAGCGAGAUGUGGUCGAAGGCCGUUGAACAGAUGGGCAGCCAGCUUCAGGUGACUUCUGGGAAUCAUCCCGAAGCAAAUGGGCAGGUUGAACAGAUGAACCGUGUGGUGCAACAUCUGCUGAGGUAUUACAUCAAGCCCAAUUAGGAUGAUUGGGAUGAGGAACUACCUCUCAUCGCCAGUCUGUACAAUAAUGUUCUACACAGCACCACCGACGUCAAUCCUAAUCAACUGCAUCUGGGAUGGAAGCCUAAUCUGCUCUAGACUUCCUCCUGCCUGAAAACCGAACUGCUGCAACUCCCGGAACCAUUGAAUUUGGUGUCUAGUAUGAGAAAUUGUUGCAACAAACUGUCGAACACAUCAAGAAAUCGCAGGAAGCUAUGAUUGCUUUUGAGAACAAACGUCGCCGACAAUC